UUCGACGCACGACGCCGCCUCGGGAACGGGCCGUUGCUCACAUUGCGUGUAUUGUCCUUCUUAAUUCACUAUAAAGUUGGUGGCUGCUAGUUCGUUGAUAUCAUUCGCUCAACAGCAGCUUAUUCACAAACAAACAAAAUGUUCAAACUUUUCUUCCUCGCUUGCGUGAUGGCGGUCGCUAUUGCUGACCCCAAGCCUGGUGUGCUGUACAGCGCUGCGUACACAGCGCCGGUGGCUGCGGCGUACACCGCUCCCGUGGUGUCGGCCGCCUACACCGCGCCCCUCGCCUACUCCGCGUACACCGCACCCCUCGCCGCGUACUCCGCCUACCCCUACGCCUCACCCUACGCCGCUUACUACCUGCGCAAGUGAAAUGUAUCAAACAACGACUUUAGCAAUGAAAUAAAUUAGAUUAUGAAUCCUAAA